GCACCUGAAACAAAGGGAACCUUCAGCAAAAGGAACAAAAGGCCGCAGAACCGUCCCAUCCCCUCAGGGCCGCUCAGAGCGACGCCCCGACGUGAGGACGAGCGGUGCCGCGGCGGCAGCGUGGGUUGGAAGGGACCCCGGAGCCUCCCCAGGCCCCCCACCCCGUGCCGUGGGCUGUCUGUCUCACCCCCCACCCCAGAUCGGGCCGCUCCGGGCCACAUCCGUGGCCUCGGGCACCUCCAGGGAUGGGGCACGCACAGCUCUCGCCGGGUCCCCUGGGCCGUGGGGACCUCCUGCCCGGUGCGCGCAGCCCCCUCCCCUCCGUGCUCCGUGCCGGUCGUGCCGCGCCGAACCGCUUCAGCCCGGGACAGCGGCGCUGCGCGUUGGCCGGCAGGGGAGGCUGUUGCUCCGCCGAAGCACGGGGCUGAAAGCGCGGCUGGACACUGCCCGGCACUGUACGGAGCCGAGCCGAGCCGAGCCGAGCCCCCCCUAGGCCUGCCGUGCAGAGCCGUGCCAAGUCAAGCCAAGCUGUGCCGGGGGCAGAGCUGAGCCCGGCCGAGCGCUGCCGUGCCGAGCCCUGCUGAGCCCUGCUUAGCCCUGCCUUGCCCUGUCGUUCAAAGCCGUGCCGGGUCAAGCCAAGCUCUGCUGGGCCGGGUCGGGCCGGGCCUUGACGUGCAGUGCUGAGCCCUGCCGAGCGCGGCCGUGCAGAGCCGUGCCAAAGAAAGCCGAGCCGUGCCGAGCUGUGCCGGGCCGGUCAGUGCUGAGUCCUGCCGAGCCCUGCCGUGCAGAGCCGUGCCAAGUCAAGCCAAGCUGUAGCGAGUCGGGCUGUAUAGUCGUUAGCUGAGCCGUGCCGAGCCAUGCUGAACCCGGCCGGGAGGAGCCCCGACGUUGCGCAAGGCCCGGGGAAGGGCUCCGGACCGUACAUAAGGUCGGCAGAGUGCGGGCGUUGCGAGGGCAGUGCCAUGGAGCCGUGUCCGCUGCUGCUGCUGCUGCUUCUGCUGGCCCCGUGUGGCCGGGGCUGGGCGGUGUCGGGCCGUGCACCGGCGGAGGAGACGGCACGGACAGACGGCCGCUCCGUGCUACCCGAAAAGGAUGAUUUCCACCCUCGGACUGACACUGACCCAACGACCAACUGCGUGAACAACUGCAGAGACGACGGCAACUGCAGGGGCAGCAGGAAGUGUUGCCACAUCAGGUGUCCGUUCCGCUGCCCGCAGCCGGUACCAGCCAGACCGGACACCUAUCCCAAGAAGAAGGUGCCGCACAUCAUCGGCUGCUGCAACAGCACCUGCAGCAGUGACACCGACUUCCCCAACCACCUGCGGUGCUGCCAACCCAUGCGCAGGAGCUCCAGGAUCACCGUCGCUCUGUCCCUGUUGGGCUUGGGCUGCUGGUGGUGCUCUGAUCCCGAGAAGCUGUGCCGCCUGAUCCCGGAGCAUCGCCUCUGCAGGGGACGCGCCUAUUGCUACGCCUGCAUCCCCGCCUUGAGGUCGUGCCGGGUGUUUGUGCAUAGCAGCUGCGGGGGGAAUGCCAACAACUUCCGUACCCUGGCGGAGUGCCAGCAGGUCUGCCAGCACGGGCUGCAUAAGCACUGACCUCAGGACACCACAACCCGCCCAGAUCUGCAGAGCCGACCGCUCUGCCCCAGACAAUAAAGCCGCCAGGAUGCCUGGCUUGGAGCAGCA